AUGGCGUGUGUUGCGUGGAGCCUGCUGCUGUGGACCCACCUCUGUCUGUGCGCGUCUCUGGGGUCUGAGGAGACUCUGCGGGGGGCGAACUCCAGCGAGACCACAGAGACGGAGGACCAGGGACCGGAGCUGCCCCCAAUCCCAGUGUUCUCUCUGCGUCUCCGGGUGGUGGAUUGCAUCAGCUCUCUGCCUCUGGCCUCGGUCUCUGUGGUUUUCUUCGUGGACUUCCAGCCGGUGAAGUGGGAGCAGACAGAGGAGAGUGGAGAGGUGUGGUUCAGCCUCCAGCCUCAGGGCGGCGCUGUGGUGGCAGCUGUGGCCUCCAAACCAGGAUACAUGCCUGCACUGAUGCCUGUGACCACACACAGCAUGCCAGGUCCUCAGGGUGGGUCCUUUGGGUGCUGUGGCGAGGGCGGGGUGGGGUCCUUAGGGUGUUGUGGCAGGGCGGGUGAGGUCCUCAGGGUGCUGUGUGGAGCAGGGUGGGGUCCUUUGGGUGCUGUGGCGAGGGGGGGGUGGGGUCCUUAG